AUGGUGAUGGUGAAGAGUGAAGAAAACCAAGUGAGGCGCCGUGCAUACUUGCCUGGAGAAAAUGAAGUUCAGGCUGCGCGAUGUGUGAAAAGAAGGCGAAGAGAUCAUGCUGUAGCAGCUUCACUUGGUUUUGAUGAUGCCAACCAAAGUCUGCAACAAAAUAGCACUGCAGCCACCACAGUGAAAAGAAGUUCAAAGUUCCGUGGGGUCAGCAGGCAUCGCUGGACUGGCCGAUAUGAAGCUCACUUGUGGGAUAAGCUCUCUUGGAAUGUCACUCAGAAGAAGAAAGGGAAACAAGUUUACAUUGGUGCUUAUGAUGAAGAAGAAGCUGCUGCAAGAGCAUAUGAUUUAGCUGCACUUAAGUAUUGGGGCAGAUCAACUUUCACAAAUUUUCCGAUAUCAGAUUAUGAGAAGGAAAUUGAGAUCAUGAAAACUGUUAGCAAAGAGGAGUACUUGGCUUUUUUAAGAAGAAAGAGCAGUGGCUUCUCAAGAGGUGUAUCGAAAUAUCGAGAAGUUGCAAGACACCAUCAUAAUGGAAGAUGGGAAGCAAGGAUAGGGAGAGUUUUCGGGAACAAGUACCUCUACCUUGACACUUACAGUACUCAAGAAGAGGCUGCUUGUGCUUAUGACAUUGCAGCAAUUGAGUACAGAGGGAUCCAUGCUGUGACCAAUUUCGAUUUGAGCACUUAUAUCAGAUGGCUAAAACCUGGAACAACAAACAUGCUGGCUGCUGGUGCUCAUGACUUGAACACAGUCACAGAACCACAACCAGUUCCAUCACCAACCAGUUACAUUCCAAAUGAGGACUCAAAAAUCUCACUUUCAAACUCCAAUCCAUUCACAUCAGACUACUUGACCUCCCCACCAAAGCAAGAACAAUGCACCUUCCAAGCCAGAACUUCUUCCAACUCAUCAAGCAACAACAAGUCUUCAACCCCAACUGCGCUCAGCCUCCUCCUGAGAUCUUCUGUAUUCAGAGACUUGGUGCAGAAGAAUUCAAACAUGUCUUCAGAGGAUCAGGAGUCUGAUGGGGAGGAAACAAAGAACCAACAAGCAGGGUCAGGCAGUGAUGAUGAUGAUGAGUUUGGUGGGAUAUUAUAUGAGGGAACUGAAGACGUCCCUUUCAUUUAUUCAACCAAUAGAGACCAUAGCAUAGACUUUCAAGAAAGACAACCCUUCAUGUUGUGAUCAAGCAAGAAGAGAUAGCUCCUCUACAAAGCUGCAACCUAAAUCCCAUACUCUAAACCCUCUCAAAAUUAAGAUAUGUUUUUGGCUUUUCAGUGGUUAUGUAAAUAGUUUUUGCAGUGUUUAGUUUGUAAGAUUUUUCCUUUUUUUUCAUCAAGAGCCUUUUGUAUGAAU